AUGGCCACAGAAUUCUCAGCCCUCACGGGCAAAUUUCGCGCGAAUCUUGAAUUUUCGACCAGCGGAGGCAUCAACAAGCGCAACAGACAACCGCUAUCGUGUGCGCCGUGCAGAUCGAAAAAGCUGAAAUGUAACCGUGGCCACCCUUGCGAAACAUGCAUCAGAAAGGGGGACGUGGAAAGCUGCACGUACGGUAAAGCCGGCCUCGUGCCAUCAAAACCCGACUUCAGCAGCACGAGCGGCGCCAACGGCGCCAACAAUAAUCGUGGCAAAGCCCAAGAGCGGCUUCGUCAUCUCGAACAGCUCGUCAUGCAAAUUGUCGACAAAGGCGGCCGCCCAUCUCAGCCUCGCCCCAAUCAAAGCACGAUUCGCUCCGACGCGACCGCGACCGUAAGUACGAAUGCCAGCAUCGCCAGAGAAGGGCAAUUCCACAUCGAAACCGCUGACGAGUCCCGCUACAUGGGCUCGACGCACUGGUCGGCGAUCCUGCAAAAUAUCCAAGAACUCAAAUCGGCACUACAUGUCAGCCCUGGGUCGGAAGAGACCCAUGUAUCCGUCUCCAGCAGUGGUGGCGGCGAAGGUGGGAGCAGUCAGCCCGACGACGGUGUCGAGGACACCACCACUUUCGAUCGCGACCCGCCGGAGCUGGAGGAGGAGGAGGGAGAAGAAGAAGAAACCCUCUUCGCGGCCCCGUCCGGAACCACGCUUUCCCACAUCAUCUCGACCUGUCUACCUCGGCGCGAACAAGUCGACAGGCGUCUCUCAACCUACUUCAACAGCACAUACAUGGUGAUCCCGUUCAUCCACACGUGGGAGUUUCAACGGCAGUACGAAGCGUUCUGGGCCGCCGACCCCGUCGACACAUCGCCGUUCUGGCUAAGCAUCCUUUUCAGCAUAUGUUGCAUGUCUGCGACGCUGUCCGAGGCCAUGGGCCUCGAGCCUCGUACGCCGGAUGGGCAGCGGUCGGCGCGCGCGACAUUUCUCAGCGCGAGCCGUCAGUGCCUGCGACUGGGCGGUCUGACGCGACUAAAGCGCUUCAGCAUCGAGGCGUUUGCCCUCUACACGCAGUGUGUGUACAUCCAGACGCUCGACCCGUCGGGCGAGACGGCGCUGAUCUGGGCGGUGCUCGUCCGCCAGGCGUACCGGGCGGGGUAUCACCGCGACAGCAGCCACUUUGCGUCGAGCUUCAGCGUGUUCGACGGAGAGAUGCGGCGCCGCGUCUGGGCCAUGCUGCGGCAGUUCGACCUGAUGCUGUCGUUCCAGCUGGGCCUGCCGAACCAGAUCCCGCCGGGCAGCUGGGACACGCAGGACCCGCGCAACCUGCUCGACGCCGACUUCAACGUGUCCACGACCGAACUCCCGCCCAGCCGGCCCGAGAACGAGGCGACGCAGAUUCUCUACUUCAUCGUCAAGUCGCGGCUGAUGACCAGCUUCGGCAAGGUGACGGCGCACGCGUUGUCGUUCCGCGACGCGAGCCAGGCCGACGUCAUGGCCCUGGACCGCGAGGUGCGCGCCGUCCACGCCACGGUGCCCGACAUCCUCCGCAUCCGGCCCAUGAGCCAGUCGUUCGCCGACCCGGCGUACCUGGUCAUGGUGCGGCUGAACUGCGAGUUCCUGUUCCAAAAGUCCCUCUGCGUGCUGCACAGGAAGUACAUGACCGUGACCGACCCCGUGACAGGCGAGGACCGGUACCCGGAGAGCAUCGCGGCGUGCGUCGACGCCGCCGUCGCCAUCGCGAGACGCAUGCUCGACAUGCACAAGGAGUUCAAGCCCGGCGGCCAGCUGCACGACGCCAGGUGGAUGCUGAGCAGCUUCACCAUGAACGACUUCUACCUCGCGAGCAUCGUGCUGUGCCUGGCCGUCAGCAUAUGGAAGAAGCGCCACCCGGGGGGAAACAUCGAGACUGACGACGCCGAUCCGCGCAUGAGAGACGUUUGGGUCCUGCUGCGUUCAGCGUUCAACAUCACCGUCGAGUUGAGCCCGACGAGUCGAGAGGCGAAACGCGUCGCGGACGUCCUCAGAGUCGUGCUUGACGGUGUAGGUCCGGCGACGAAUAGAAGCAACUACUUGGACAGCACAUUAGACCAGAACCAGUCGAGACGCGAACAACCGAGUGUGAGUGCAGGCUCGGAUCCCGCUACGACGCAGAAGGUAUCGGGCGAUCGUUGCCGGUUUCUCUCGACGGAUCACUCGAGAAAAGAACCUGUGGUUGGAGAGUGGCCUCGGUUACAUCAUCAUCAACAGGGCCGGCAGGGGCGGCAACAAGACGUGUUUGUCGAUGUCCACGAGUUCAAUCUCACGCCGUUGUCGCUGAACGAGAGUGUGUCGCGGCAGCAACGCCAACACCAGCAAGGCACCAAAUCCGCAGACGACUGGCAAUUAGAUUGUAAUCCCGUCACCCACGGCUUCCCGUUCCAACUUCCUUUCCAAACGCCGACGGUCUCGGGACGGACGGCGUCACAAGGUAAUGGCAGUGGUACAGGUAUGUCUGGGGCAGGUGGAUACGCCGCCAUGGGUACCACAGGGGAUAGCGGCGGUGGCGGUGUAUCUUCUUCGGCGUCCAACGGCACAGACACGUUCAUGACGACGGCGACGGCGAUGUCGACGACGACGGAUACGAAUGCGGAUUCGAGUGCCGAUAUGGAUACAAAUGCGAAUGCCGAUACAAAUCCGUACAUGAACACCGCGACGACGACCGCAACCGCAACCGCAAGCAUGAACCCCAUGAACGUGACUUUGGAUAUGGAUAUGGACAUCGACUGGGCCUUCCUGGAUCAGUGGAUGGCGAUUGGGGGCGGAGCUGGAGGGGAUCAGCAGCAGCAGCAGCAGCAGGACUGGAUGAAUUCCGACUUUAGGUUUUCUUGA